AUGGUUUUCUUUGUUCUGAUCAAUGUGAUCCUGGUCAGAAUUUUAAUCAGUAGACCAAAAAAUAUGCUGGAAUCUUGUCAAUCCGACAAUGAUGAGGUGCAACAGACAUUGAAAACCAUUGAUCCCUCAAAAAUCCCAGAAAAUGCGAUUUACUUGAUGGAGACAUCAGGAUUGCCCAUGUUGAGUCCCAAACAGCUCUGUGCAGUUGAGUCUGCAGCUCUACAUCACCCCAACAGAUCUGUGGUAAUGGCAGUGAACAAUAAGUUCUUGCAGCUGCCCAUAGUUUUGAAAUCCUGGUCUGAAAUGUACCCAAAUGUUAUGUUCAUCAAUAUGGACAUAUUCCAAUGGCUGAAUGGGACCAUUCUUCUGCCAUGGCUUUCUAAAAACUUACUUGACAAGAACAGUAAUGCCAUGAGGUAUGCCACUCUGUUCAAAUAUGGUGGAUUGUACUUGGAUACUGAUGUGAUUGUCUUGAGGCCAAUGGAUGAUCUGGUGAAAGCUGUGGGUCUUCAGGGUACCAAAAAGCUUAAUGGUGCAGCAUUGGUUUUUGAUAAGCACCAUCCAUACAUUGAAGCCUGCAUGAAUGAGCUGUCUGCA